AUGUCGCACCACGACCGCACCCUCUCCUCGCGUCCAACAUCACCCGAACUCCCUCCCCUUCCCGCGCUAGAUCCGAUCACGGGUCGUCUCGAUACCAAUGAACCGGCAGUACGGGCGAAUUUGGAGGCGGCUUUGUACAUGGAUAAGAGCAAGAUACCACGGCCGUACAAGUGUCCGCUUUGUGAUAGGGCUUUCUACAGGUUAGAACACCAGACCCGACACAUCCGGACCCAUACUGGCGAGAAGCCGCACGCUUGUAAUCACCACGGAUGCGAUCAGCGAUUGCCCCGGUCAGCUGAGCUCACUCGGCACGCAAGAAUACACUUGCCGCAGGCGCCGGAUAUGAACGGGAAGAGCAAGUUGCGAGAGGACGUGUUUGAGCAUGACCAAAGGCGACAGUCGAUAAUUCGGCCCGACGAACAGGCGGGGGGGAAUGCGCAUCAGUGCAAGACGAAGAGGAGGGUCUGGAUUAGGAGAAGUGGAAGGCGGAAGGGGAAGGAGGUAAGAGAAAAGGAAGGGCCCGAAGGGAUCGGAACAGGACAGGCGAGGAGAAUAAGAGGAGGUGGGCGGGAGAGGGGAGUGGGAGUUAGCGAGAUCAGCCGGGGGAUUGAAGAGGGAAAGACGACGUGGGCAAAGCGCAGAAGGGUCCGGUACACAGCGUCCUCCCUCCUCGCCAGACGGGCGGAACAAUGA